UACAAGUGUUGUGAUGAGUGUGCUUUUGAAGACUUUGACUAAAGCCAAAAAUCACUUGUAUAUACACAACAAUCAAGAUUUCAGGUCUGUGAACUUGAUUUGCCCAAAAAAAUAAAUAAAUCUUGAAUCAGAUGAUCAUCACACAUAAAGACUGACGUGAUAAGAACAUAUUAACUAAUUCCGAGACGAUGGAGGGAAAUCAUCAAUCAGAAAUUGACGCAGAAGAGAAUAUUGUUGCGCCUGGUUUUCGAUUUCAUCCAACUGAUGAAGAGCUGUUGGGAUUUUAUCUACUGAGGAAGGUGCAGGGAAAAUCCAUCUGCUUAGAGCUCAUCAAGCAGGUCGAUAUAUACAAAUAUGAUCCAUGGGAUCUUCCAAAAAUGGGGUGUUGCACUGGAGAAAAGGAAUGGUAUUUUUUCUGCAUGAGAGGGAGAAAAUACCGAAACAGCGCAAGGCCGAACAGAGUAACCCUCACAGGGAAUGGAUUCUGGAAGGCAACCGGCAUCGACAAGCCUAUUUAUUCAUCAAAAACCGGCGAGAAGAAUAAAUGCAUCGGCCUCAAGAAAUCGCUGGUAUAUUACAUAGGAAAUGCCGGCAAAGGAACAAAAACAGAAUGGAUGAUGCAUGAGUAUAGGUUCCCGCCGAGUGGUGGUUCGGGUUCGGGUUCGGGUUCUGAAAGCAGUAUCAGCAGUCAAGAAGCAGAAAUUUGGACACUAUGUAGAAUUUUCAAAAGGGAUUCACCAUGCAAGAAGUCCACACCACCAGUCAGCAGAAACACUGCAAAUUCAAGAACACCCACCUUGCAAGAAAUAGCACGCCAAAUUUUCGAUAAUACUCCAGACGAGAUAUGGACCGUUGGAUCUCCGACUGCAUCAUCGGGCCUGGAUAGUUGGGCCAGAAAUGAUAAUGAAGCAAUCAGAAAUGGAAACUGGGAUGAGCUUGGACCAGUUGUUAGAUUUCAUGGAGUGUAAUAGUAGUUAGUAACUAGUGUGUAUACCAGUGCAACGCAGUAUACCCAUGAUUCGAUGCGCAGAGUUUAGGCAAUAAAUAAACAGAAUAAAAUAG